AAGUACGAGGUAAUUUAUUCUACAAAUUAAGAUAAUUGUAUAAUUAAAGGAUGAAGGUGAGGUGAGGCUGUGUAGACUGCGUAGACAAAUUCUUCGCGGUGAUUGGCGUUUCUGAAGUCACGUGGGCAAUGGCAUUUUUUAUCAGCAAUUACUGACGCACCUUUAUCCUUCAGUAAGACUACGAAAAAAACAUCUAUUUGUUUCAGUCAAAGAACUGGGAUCUCUCAGAGAUAUAACUGGAGUUGAACCCAAAGUGGUUUCACCGUGGUUGUUGUGAAAAAAUUGACUGCGAAUUGUCUGAAGAAGGAGAGAAAUAUUAAUGAGUACUCUUCACACCAUGGUUUAAAAGUUGCUUAAUGAAACAGAUCUCAGAAUAAAGACUUCUGUUAUCGGGUUUAGAGGAAGUGUAGCAUUCGGAAGAUGAAUGAUACCACACUUUCCAUUAGGAAGUCUGCAAAAGUAUGUUAUCUCAUCACCAUUUUUAAUCAGAUUGUUGUAAGCCGAUCCUCGAGAAACCGCUUUUGAACACUUAGUCAGGCAGCGAAAUAGUACGACACUUCACCUUAAAUGGAACUUGCGUAGUAAACCAAUCCAGAAAAGGAGCAUGGUUUCUCGACUGGCCGGGUAAUAACGACUAAAGAGCUCUUUAUACUUCAAACUAGUGCGGAUUAGCGGCUGCCGCCAAACAGCUUUAUUCAUCUACGAACAGAAUCCAGCAAUUUCAAGUAAACCAAAAAUUAAUUAAAUAAGGUCACUCCAAAAAAAUCGUUUAUUAAAAAAAAACGAAAAACAAAUAAGGGAACUGACAAAGAUAACUCCCUUCAAUGGUGGUUGAACCAAAAUGGCGCUAUCAGAUACAGAUAUCAUUUUCACAUGCAUCUAUGGUCUUUUAAUAGCCGCGGAUCUAGUCGGAAACACCAUAGUAUGUUGGAUUGUCAAGCGCUUCAAUUCCAUGAAGACGCCGAUGAACUAUCUCUUAGUAAACCUUGCUAUCAGUGACAUUGUGCUAGGAAUCUUCCAAAUCCCUCGUCAUCUUAUGUACGCAUUUUAUGAUCAUCCAGAUGGAAUUGCAGGAGAUUUGCUGUGCAAGUUCUUUAGUUAUGGCAAUCUCUCCUGGGUGGGGUCGGGGGCUGGUAUAUUCACCCUAUUAACGAUAGCCUGGGAGAGGUAUAACGCUAUUAUGAAGCCUCUUUCGCGAUUCUCUCUAAAACAUGUCAAAAUUGCUAUUGUGUUGAGUUGGGUUUUUGGCGUCCUGAUAACUUUUUACGAGACUUUAGUAUUAGUCUAUAGCACAAAGAUCAAAUCUUGUGAAUAUAAAUGGAACAUCGAAUCAGGUGGAAAAAUUGAUUCUGUGGUAUGGUUAACAGCCGGGUCCCUUCUUCCUUCGACUUUUAUGAUAGUACUAUACGGUGUGGUGAUCAAAACUCUUUGGUGCUCAAAGAACAAAGCAAAUGAUGUGGCCCAGCGCUCGCUUCUGAAGUCACGCAAGAGAGUCACGAAAUCUGUCAUAACUGUCACAGCCAUUCUGUUCGUUUGUUGGACGCCGAAUUUAUCUUACUAUGUUGCAAACGCGUACAAGCCAAUCAACUCUUCAACAGCUGCCUCACUAGUUAACAACGUGCCCAUUCUGUAUAACACCAGUAGGGCCUUGAUUUUACUUAAUUCUACGGUUAAUCCAUUUGUUUAUGCGAUUCAGGAUGUAAGGUUCCGACGAUGUAUGAAGCGUAUUGUAUCUUGUUCGACUAGAGUAGAAAUUACUCCAGCUUCUCAGAGCAUGGCCACUCCGCACAAAAGGGACAAUAGAUGAACUGGCAAUCUAUGUAAAGAAGAUAAGAAUAAGUAGCCGAGAGAGAAAAAAGAAUACCGACGUAAUAUAGAUGAAAGCCGAAAAGUGUUAGUCAGCAUCAGAGAAGUUAUAUAACUCAUCUGAUAAAAAAUCUGAUUAGAAUAUUGACUUAUAUGAGUAAUGAACAUUUGUUUCAAAAUAUGGCGUAUUUAUUAAUAUAUAGAUAAAAGUGUUUGACUUCCAAUGAUAUUCGUUUAACUAUAUGUGAAAACACUCUCUAAGGUACUAAAAUAUUUGACUGUUGGUGGAUUAUACAGU